GUCUUUCUCCCGCUCAUUCCACAUCCUUUCACGACACCAUGGACUCGCGAGAAGCGUUGGAUGUUCUCAUAUCGCAAAGUCGCCAGCCUGAUCGCCCCGAGAUCCGCGCAAAUAGCUCUAUAGGUCUCGUGUCCCUUGUUGCAGAAAAGAGCGCCGCAUUCGACGACAAUGAAGGAGAUUCAAAGGAUGAGCAGAUGUGGAUAGAAUCAUGGGCAUUAAUUCUAAAUGGAUUGGCGGAUGAGUGGCCGCUUGUCAGAGAAGCCUUUCAGGAGCAGUUGAUCAAAGCUAUCGGACAGUCUGAGCCACUCCGAAGAGCGGUGGAUCAACCUGACUUUAUAGAUCAAGUCAUGAAAGAAUCGGUGAAACAGCAGGGAUCUGACCAGAAUAAGCUAGAUAUUGUUACAGGAAUCCUGUCGUUAGCGCAUUUGGCUAUCGUCAAAGAUGAAGGCGUCGAGAGCGAACUAUCCGCCACUCAUGCCUGGGAUGUUGACCGAGUGAGCGGGAUUCUCAGCAUGGCAAUGGAGGGAUACCUUGGAUCGAAAGCGACGCCGCCAUCAGGAGUCUGCGAACUCUUGGCAAAGUCAUUUACUGGAUCUCAACUGGUGCACGCUCUUGGAGCCUUGACUACAGCGCAUUUUGCCCAGCCUUUGCAGGCUGGAGACUUUGCGUCUUUCUCUGAGGCGAUUCUACGCCAAGCAAGCUCAGGACAUACUGGAGGGGACGAAACUAGAUCACUUGCACUGGCGAUCCCAGUUGCGAAGGAUUGGGCUUUUGCUCUAUGGCUGUGCGAUCAGCUCCGGAUACCAACAGUUUUCGCGAGUGCAGAGUCAAUCCAGGACUCAGCACAAGGACGUGCAGUGGCGGAUACGUUUGUGAGGAGAGUUCCGGCACUGUUGGAAUGCAUCGGACAUGUACUGCGUAUUCAAUCGCUUGAUAAUACAUAUACCCUACACCGACUGGUCAUCGCAUGUGCCGCAUUCGUGAACAGCAAAGAUCUUUGGAACAGACUGGAGCCCUUGGUCUCUGGAAGGAGUCAGGCCAAUGCACAGGAGAAUCUGAGGAUCCUUUAUCAAACAACGCCAUGGUCUAUCCGCUCUGUUCCAAACGCUCCACCAUCUGAUUCGACAAGACAUGACCGCAAUGUGGUCAUGAUCCCGGGCAGCUUCUCAGACCAUAUUAUCCAGAUCAUCGAGAAGGAGAUCCGACCCUGCUUUACACACGUCAAGGCACAGAAAGCCGCCCUGCGGGCUCAGAAGACCAUUGAGCUGCACCAGGAAAAGAUGCGACAGUCUGCUCCGCUGAUCGAGGAGGCUAAAGACCCCGGUGAGAUCGCGAACGAGAUUGUGAUUCCAGGGAACAAGAGCAUUAUGCAGCGACGGACGCAGGGAGUUGGAUUGACCCAGCGGAUCCGGAUCGCAUCUGUUAUUGAUACACCAAAUGAUGAGGAAGAGACCUGGACGGUUAUGGAUGAUCAUGAAUUGAACCUGAGCAACGCCUCGCAGGUUAGGAGAUGGGACAAAAAUUUCUUGGAGGCCGUGCCUGUGGUCGAGUGGUGUGCUCAGCAGCCGAUUCAGGAUCCUAGCCGGAUACACGAGGUCUUUAUGUUGCUCGUCAGCCCCAUUCUGGCCAUGACGGAUUCGCUUCAGCCUAGACAUCGGAUACGAGGACUCGAUCUGCUGACGAUAUUUCUGAUCCAGUAUCAGGAUGCCUCGAGAGGGAACUUUGAUGCGAAACACAGAAGGCAGAAUGAUUCGAGGAUAUGGAUCAAGAUCUUUGAGAGAACAGGCUUGGAUCAGGUUCUGGAGCGAUCGCUGAAGCCGCUUUUGGGUCCUCUGCAGAUGGGUGUCACGUCGACCCCGGGAUCAGAACUUCAAUACGAUGACGAUAAUGAGUUGGAGAGAAUCAAUGCGGCAUUUAGGGCGUAUUUGACCCUGAUCCUUGUCAACACCGAGCCAGAUGACAAGCCCCGGUCGAGUAUAGAGAAUGGCCGUCUUGCAUCCCUCAGCAGUUCUGGUACUGGAACAUCGACAUCGGAUCUCAACAUGCUGACGGUUGAGAAUUUGUUCCUGCAGGGAGUCAUAGGCAGUCUAAGGAAGGCGAAUCCGACAAAACAAUAUCGAGCAUUAGUGCUGGAAUGGACAAAGAUCUUGGUCAAUCCGGUCGUUUCGUUCGACUUUGUAUGGGAACAAAUGCAUCAGCACCAGAGAUCAUUGAACAUUGUCCCGUUAGAAACAGAGCUGGGCAAUGGCUCGACGCGUGAGCAGAGCUUCCAGGGGAUCUAUGGAUUGGGCUCGUUAACGAUCAAGUAUCUGCUGACCUUGGUGCAGCAUACGUGCAACAUUCUCGAUUUUCCGAUCCCGUCAUCACCUCCGUCGGCGCGGCUGGAGAGUUUGAACCUAGCUUGGAGAGCAUCCGAGACCCUCCAUGCGGUCAUGCAGGUCUGCAAACCAAGGGUCCCAAGAUAUCGCGGUAAGAUCAUGGCAACCAUCGCCAACUGUUGGGCUAACUCCCGAACCUUUAGCUCUUCCGAUUCCGGAACUGUUAAGCCCACAUCGGAUCAGCCGCCAGAGCAAUUGCGUCUGGACCAGAGUCUGGUGAAAGCGAUGCAGCUCUGCAUAAACCUCUGUCAGCCCAAGAUCACGAUCGAGGCACCUAGUGGACUGGACAUGGACCUGAAGGUCUUGAAAGAGCUUGACCCCUCAGUCUUUGAUCCGCUCUUCGUUUCCGAAUAAAAAAAAAUUCCAGCAGCAGCUUUUUGACAACGUAGAUUU